AUGGACUCUCUUAUUCAGUUUCUACUUGUUUCUCUUCUCUUCCUGUCUUUCAUCUACCUUCUUCCCAAAAUCGUCAAAACCAAAUCAAAAACUAGUCGUCCACCUGGCCCUCGUGGACUACCCUUCAUCGGAAAUAUGCACCAAAUCGAUAACUCAAGCCUCCACACUUCCCUAUGGAAGCUCUCCAAAUCCUAUGGUCCGAUUGUAUCCCUCAACUUAGGUUUCAUCCCAGCCAUCGUUGUUUCUUCAGCGAGUCUAGCAAAAGAAAUCUUAAAAACCCAAGAUCAUACUUUUUGUAGUAGGCCAUUACUGCAUGGCAUAAAAAAGAUUGGUUACAAUGGUCAUGAUGUGGCUUUAUCACCAUAUAACAGGAAUUGGAAAGAGAUGAGAAAGAUUUUUAGUGUUUAUCUUUUUAGCCCAAAAAGGAUACAAUCUUCUAGGUAUAUUCGUGAAGAUGAGGUCUCACGUGCCAUGAAGAAGAUACAUGGACUAGCACUUUCGUCUAAUCAUGUAAACUUGAGUGUAAUCUCCCACAUCGUAAUGAGUACCAUUGUAACAAGAGUGGGAUUUGGAAAGAGGUAUGAAGAAGGAGAUAAAAGUAAGGAGAUUCUUCGACUCCUUCAUGAACUUCAAGCAACGAUAACCAACUACUUCCUUUCAGAUCUUUGGCCCGGUUCAAAACUUGCGGGUUUGAUUGAUAGGAUGAUGGGAAAAUUUUAUAGGCUAGAGAAGUGCUUCAAAGAUUUGGAUUCAUUUUACCAAGAACUAAUUGAUGAACACCUCCACCCUCAAAAUCCCAAGUCUAGUGAGGGUGAACACGAUCUUAUUGACAUUUUACUUCAACUCAAGAAAGAUCACGUCUUGGAUCCCUUUGAGCUCACAAAUGAUCACAUAAAGGCCAUUAUCACAGAUAUCUUGGUAGCUGGAACUGAUAAUAGUGCGGCUACAUUGGUUUGGGCGAUGACAUCACUAAUAAAGAACCCUAAAGAAAUGAAGAAAGUACAAGAAGAAGUGAGAAAUGCUGUUGGUGAUAAGGGUAAAGUAGACGAGGAUGAUCUUUCAAAACUCACCUAUAUGAAGGCAGUGGUAAAAGAGGUCUUGAGAUUAUACCCCGCAGCUCCACUUCUUAUACCUCGAGAAACGACCGAAGAUACAAUUAUACAUGGCUACAAGAUCAAGAAGAAAACCAUAGUUUAUGUGAAUGCGUUGGCCAUUGGAAGAGACCCGGGAUCUUGGGAGAAUCCUGAGGAAUUCUCACCAGAGAGGUUUUUGAAUAGUGAUAUUGGCUUUAAAGGCAAUGAUUUUGAGUUGAUCCCGUUUGGGGCUGGAAGGAGAAUUUGCCCUGGAAUAUCUAUGGGAGUUCUUGAGGUGGAGCUUUUGCUUGCUAAUCUUAUUUAUUUGUUUGAUUGGGGGUUGCCAGAUGGUAUGAAGAAGGAAGAUAUAGAUUUGGAGGUUAUGCCUGGGUUAACCAUGACAAACAAGGAAGACCUUUGUCUUUUAGCCCAAGUUUACUCGGGAAAGGCAAUGUAUUGAGACUUUGCAUGGAAUAUUCUAAACAUCAAAUUUCAAAACUCAUUUGUGUUUCUUUAACAACUUGUGAUAAAAGCAAUAAAGUACUAGUUUCCUUUU